CACAGGAGGAGUAAGCACCACAGUAUCGUUGUUUUAACCGCUUUACUAGUUUCAAGUUAACUUUGUUUCCUGUUAACAUUAUUGGAUGUCUUCGGACUGGACUGCUGGAGCCGAACAGGCAACGUUUCAAAAACGCAUCACACAUGAAGAGAAGAAUAACAUGGACAGAAGAACCUGCUCCUACUGAAUCCAGUAAAGGGGGCCGAGAUACGAAGACAAUGGCAGGAAAAAGCCAACAAACAGUGACUCAGACGCAGGGACCUCAUUAUGGUCUGCAUAAUCAGGGCGCCACAUGUUACCUCAACAGCGUCCUGCAAGUUCUCUCCAUGACAACAGAGAUCCACGACAGGUUGGAUCCAAAAGCAGGAAUAACAGAUCAGGAGCUGAAAAACCUCUUUGAAAAACUAAAGGAAACAACAUGUAAAACAGAAAACAUCACAAAGAGUUUGGCGAUAGAGAAUGUUAAUAAUCGACUCGAUGCCGCUAAGUGCCUGGAGAUGAUUUUACAAAAGGUCAGCCCACAGGCCUCUGAGGUUUUCCAAGGACAGCUGACACACACAAAAAAAUGCUCCAAAGGCCACAACAUCAAUGUAAAGACAAAUCCAUUCUGGACUCUUCCACUGUCACUAAAGGAUACCAAUGACACCAACUACAACGUGGAAAGGAGCUUUGAAAGGAAUUUCGAGUCUAAAUCAUUCACUGGAAGAAACUUGGUGUACUGCAACGAAUGUGAAAAGAAAACGGAGGCAAAAAGCGGAUGUGAGAUGGAGGUAUUUCCUCAGAUAUUGACUCUACUCCUCAAGAGAUUUGACUUUGACCGCAACACCAUGACACAUUUCAAAUCCAACCGCUGUGUGGAUGUGCCACGUGAAUUACAAAUAAAGGAUAAAAAGUACAAACUGUAUGGGAUGGUGAAUCACAUGGGCGGUCUAAGAGGCGGACAUUACACGGCCACCAUCCUGUCCAAUGAGGACAAAACCUGGUACGAGUUUAAUGACACUCGCGUCUCCAAGGUUAAAGAACAGCCAUUUGCAGAAACCAACCAUUACUGCUCAACGACUGCAUAUCUGCUCAUGUACAGAGCCAUUUCAGAAGGUCAGACAGACACCAUUAAGUGGAAAGAUCCAAGACAAGUCAAUGUGGAACACAAAGGAAACAUAGGAGACAGUGGUGCUGAUAACGAAGGGAAGACACAAACAGGACAGAAUGACGUACUUAUGGGAAGAAAUGAGGCAUUAAGACAUCAGACAGGAGGAGAGGAGGGUGAUGCAGAAAGUGUAGAGAGUGGUUUGAACACUGAAGUUACAUACCAGACUGAGCAUGCUGUUGGGUCUUUGCAGGAUGGGAAUGGGAAGGUAGAUAUGGAAAAAAAAUCACUGUGUGGAAGUUUUACUUCACACAAUGAACAUAAAGUAUCAGUCAGUGGAAAAAAACAUGACACAAUCUUGAAAGUUAGAGGGAACCAUGGCAGGAUGAGCGAAGUAAAAAGCAGUGGAGAUGAACGGGAAAAUCCCUACGUUAAAGUAAAAAGCACACAUUUUGGCAUCACACAAGCAAAAUCAAAGGAAAUGACAGGAGACGAUUCUUCCCGAAAUCGCAAAGAGAUGGAUUCCUGGAGAGUACAACUGCCUGAAGAGAAGAAGAUGUACAAGAAUAAUCAAAAAGGGACUCGGAAACAUAGACUUCAUUAUGGUCUGCGUAAUCAGGGCGCCACAUGUUACCUCAACAGCGUCCUGCAAGUUCUCUCCAUGACAACAGAGAUCCACGACAGGUUGGAUCCAAAAACCCAACAAACGGAUCGUCUGCUGAGAAAUAUCUUUGAAGGCCUGAAGAAGGAAACAUGUGGAACAGAAACUAUCACAGCAGCAUUUGGGAUUCAAAAUGUUUAUGAACAACAGGAUGCAGCUGAAUGCCUGGACAUGAUUUUACGUCAAAUCAACCCACAGGCCUCUGAGGUUUUCCAAGGAAAGCUGAAACACACAACAAAAUGCUCCGAAGGCCACAACAUCAAUGUAGAGACAAAUCCAUUCUGGACUCUUCCACUGUCACUAAUGGAUACCAAUGACACCAACUACAACGUGGAAAGGAGCUUUGAAAGGGUUUUCGAGUCUAAAUCAUUCACUGGAAGAAACUUGGUGUACUGCAAGGAAUGUGAAAAGAAAACGGAGGCAAAAAGUGGAUGUGAGAUGGAGGUAUUUCCUCAGAUAUUGACUCUACUCCUCAAGAGAUUUGACUUUGACUACAACACCAUGACACAUUUCAAAUCCAACCGCUGUGUGGAUGUGCCACGUGAAUUACAAAUAAAGGAUAAAAAGUACAAACUGUAUGGGAUGGUGAAUCACAUGGGCGGUCUAAGAGGCGGACAUUACACGGCCACCAUCCUGUCCAAUGAGGACAAAACCUGGUACGAGUUUGAUGACAAUCACGUCUCCAAGGUUAAAGAACAGCCAUUUGCAGAAACCAACCAUUACUGCUCAACGACUGCAUAUCUGCUCAUGUACAGAGCCAUUUCAGAAGGUCAGACAGACACCAUUAAGUGGAAAGAUCCAAGACAAGUCAAUGUGGAACACAAAGGAAACAUAGGAGACAGUGGUGCUGAUAACGAAGGGAAGACACAAACAGGACAGAAUGACGUACUUAUGGGAAGAAAUGAGGCAUUAAGACAUCAGACAGGAGGAGAGGAGGGUGAUGCAGAAAGUGUAGAGAAUGUCAAAUUGUUUGCAAACACAAACAAAAAGACAGAAGACAAUGCUUCCCGAAAUCACAAAGACAUGGAUUCCUGCGUAGUACAACUGCCUGAAGAGAUGAAGAUGGACAAGAAUAAUCAAAAAGAUGCUGCACCUGCUUCACAAAAAACGGGAUUGUGGAGCUAUAUUAUUUCUCUGAUUUGGCUCUUUUUUUAUGCUGCACAGAUCGUGAACAAUUCUUAUUGUAAGAUACUGUUGCCUUUUGCUAAAAAGUCACGUGUGACAGGUGUUGCAGCUGAACAACCACAUGAAAAAGCUAAAGGGACUAUACAUAGACGACAUAGACUUCAUUAUGGUCUGCGUAAUCAGGGCGCCACAUGUUACCUCAACAGCGUCCUGCAAGUUCUCUCCAUGACAACAGAGAUCCACGACAGGUUGGAUCCAAAAACCCAACAAACGGAUCGUCUGCUGAGAAAUAUCUUUGAAGGCCUGAAGAAGGAAACAUGUGGAACAGAAACUAUCACAGCAGCAUUUGGGAUUCAAAAUGUUUAUGAACAACAGGAUGCAGCUGAAUGCCUGGACAUGAUUUUACGUCAAAUCAACCCACAGGCCUCUGAGGUUUUCCAAGGAAAGCUGAAACACACAACAAAAUGCUUCGAAGGCCACAACAUCAAUUUAGAGACAAAUCCAUUCUGGACUCUUCCACUGUCACUAAUGGAUACCAAUGACACCAACUACAACGUGGAAAGGAGCUUUAAAAGGGUUUUCAAGUCUAAAUCAUUCACUGGAAGAAACUUGGUGUACUGCAACGAAUGUGAAAAGAAAACGGAGGCAAAAAGUGGAUGUGAGAUGGAGGUAUUUCCUCAGAUAUUGACUCUACUCCUCAAGAGAUUUGACUUUGACUACAACACCAUGACACAUUUCAAAUCCAACCGCUGUGUGGAUGUGCCACGUGAAUUACAGAGAGAGAACAAGAAGUACGAGCUGUAUGGGAUGGUGAAUCACAUGGGCAGUCUAAGAGGUGGACAUUACACGGCCACCAUCCUGUCCAAUAAGGACAAAACCUGGUACGAGUUUAAUGACACUCGCGUCUCCAAGGUCCAAAAACAGCCAUUUGCAAAAAACAACCAUUACAACUCCGGGACUGUAUAUCUGCUCAUGUACAGAGACUCUUCACCUGCUGCACCAAAGUGGGAAUUUGGAAUUGACAAAAUCAAACGUGCUUUUUCCUUUUUUACUUCUAAGAAGCCGUCUGUGACAGAUGAUGCAGCUGAUCAACCAGAUGAAAAAGCCCCAGAGUGUCAGAGGCCCGAUGAGAAGAGAGAAAGAGAGAAAAGGGACGCUGACAAUGAAGAGGAGACACAAUUUAGACAAACUGAAAAGCAUGAAGAAUCGAUGAUUAUAGAUUUGCAGAUUCGAGAGGAGGGUGAUGCAGAAAAAAUAACAAAUGACAAAACAGGUAAUGACAUAAGCGUGACACCGAGUGAGAACUGGAGAACACCGUUUGGCGUAAACUGCAGAGGACGUGAAGAGGCACCGGAAAAUCUUCCUAGAAAUGGAGACGGUGCACAUUCCAGACUCACACAAGAAAACCCAGACGAGCUGAUGCAAACUGACGGAGACAUUUCUCCCCUAAAUGUUGGAGAACAGCCGACAGACUCCCGUGGACCGGAUGUGGAUGGAGAGACAGAGAAGCUGAAACAAACAGCCCCAGAGUGUCAGAAGUGGGAGGAGACCAAUUCAGAAGAUCUGACUGGAGAGGCGGAAAUGAUGACAUUUUAAAAGAACUGAUAGGUGACAAGGUGGAAAUCAAGCGAAAAGUGAGAGAAUUCUACUCGACCCGGCCAAAGAGCACAAAGGAUGAAAUGCACAUCUGUCGUCAUAUUGUUUUUUUAGUAUUGUGAUUUUUUAUUUUUUUUUGCAAGAACAACCUUAAUGAGAUGCAAAUGAAGGAGAGAUCUUUUUCCUCUUAUUGUUUCCUAUAUUGCUUCGGAGAUGAAAACCGCUAAUCUUAACAACUUGAUAUCAGCGUAAUCAAGAAUUAAUUUGUAUAUAAUUAUGAAUCAACUUUGUUUUCUAAUUAUUGUCUUACAUUUAUUAAACCAAAUGAAAAUGAUGUGAUUGACAAACAUGUGAAAAACUAUUUAAAAAAAACAAACUUCUACAGCUAUGAUUUUUAAGUAUUUAAUUUGAAAUAUUAAAAAUGAAUUGACUGUAAUAUUAGUUAGAUGUAAAUUGUACACCAAAAAAUUGGGAGCAAAAAAUCACAGAAAUAUUUGGUGUUUAUGCAUAUUGUAGUUAGUUGUGAGGUUGUGGUACAUUUUAAUACAUUGUCAUAGUGAUCAGAGAAUGUUUUAUUUAGUUUGAUAUUGAUGUUAUCCUUUUAAAGACUCAGAUUCACACCAUGUCUGUUUGUAUGCAUUUUAAAUAUAAAACCAGAUUUAAACCAUUCAAACAUUUAUUUUAUUUUGAUUAGAGCUAGCUCCUGGAUCGGAGCUUUACUGGAAUUUCAAAGUUUGUUGUGGCAUAGUAGUAAGAACUUUCGAAUGUAAAGUAAAAUGAAAUAAAAAUCAAGAAAAAGCA